GACCCGCAGCUGCUGGCUCAAUUCUACUACGCGGACGAGGAGCUGAACCAGGUGGCCGCCGAGCUAGACAGCCUGGACGGGCGCAAGGACCCUCAGCGGUGCACGCUGCUUGUCAGCCAGUUCCGCGCCUGCCAGGACAGCGUGUUGAGCGUCAUCAGCCAGAUCAUGGACGAGUGCAUCCCCCAGGAGCGCGCCCCCCGGGACUUCUGCGUCAAGUUCCCCGAGGAGAUCCGGCAUGACAACCUGGCUGGCCAGUUGUGGUUCGGCGCCGAGUGCUUGGCCGCUGGCUCCAUCAUCAUGAACCGUGAGCUGGAGAGCAUGGCCAUGCGGCCGCUGGCCAAGGAGCUGACCCGCAGCCUGGAGGAGGUGCGGAGUGCCCUCCGUGACCAGGCACUGCGGGACCUCAACACCUACACGGAGAAGAUGCGGGAGGCACUGAGGCACUUCGACCUGCUGUUCGCAGAGUUUGAGCUGAGCUACGUCUCGGCCAUGGUGCCUGUGAAGUCCCCCAGGGAGUACUACGUGCAGCAGGAAGUGAUUGUGCUGUUCUGUGAGACGGUGGAGAGGGCCCUGGACCUCGGGUACUUGACCCAGGACAUGAUUGAUGACUAUGAACCGGGCCUCAUGUUCACCAUCCCAAGGCUGGCCAUCGUAUGCGGCCUUGUGGUCUACGCGGAUGGACCGCUGAACUUGGACCGCAAGGUGGAGGACAUGUCCGAGCUGUUCCGGCCCUUCCACACGCUGCUACGGAAGAUAAGGGACCUGCUGCAGACGCUGACGGAGGACGAGUUGCACACGCUGGAACGCAGCCUCUGCGUCUCCCAGGACGCCGAGCUGCCCAUCCGGGCCGAGGCCUUUCCUGCGCCGCUGCCCCCCGAGGAGCCGCUGCCAGCCCAGGCCGAAGCCCCGGAGGCAGAGCUGGCCUGCUCCAUGCAGUAUGACGAGCAGGAAUUGGAGCAGCUCAGCCGCAUGGUCCACCGGGCUGGGGAUGCGAUGUCAUCCCUGCUGUCGCCUGCUCACAGGCCGGGCGUCGGGGGCAGCCCCCGUGGGCACGAGGCCUCUCCGGGCAGUGCGCGACCCCGGCUGGGCAGUGACGACGAAGAGCGAGUGUUCUUCAUGGAUGACGUGGAGGGCACAGCCGAGGUGCCCACAGGCCCCGCGGCCCCACCCAGCGCGUCUGCAGGGGCAGGUGACACUGGGGAGCACGGAGGGUCAAGGCCAGAAGCAGGGCCCACAGCUGAGGAGCUGGGCGUGAGUAACGACAAUGUGGAGGCCAUCGAGGGGCGGCCGGCUGGCCUCUUGGGCUCCAGCUCCUGCAGCUGCCUGGACGGCCGGCCGUACCUGGACAGCUGGGAGGUGAGCGCUGACGACGCCCAGGCAGCUGAGCUGAUCGCCCACCGCACAGGGGGUAUGAAGCUCUCUGCCACUGUCAUCUUCAACCCCAAGUCGCUUGCCCCCUCAGAUGCCCCUGCAGGCCGGGACAUCUCGGCUCCGGGGGCUGAGGGGACAGAGGGCGGUGCCCAUGAACCCAGCAGCACGACCACCAAUGGCCUCCUUCACUCCUGCGUGUGCUGCGGGAGCUGUGGGGACAGCAGGGAGGACAGCGGGGAGAGACUGCAAGGCAGGCGCAGCCCCGAGGGCGUCACUGGCGCCUCCUACGCUGCAGGCCCAGCCAAGGCUGGGGACAAGGGCCCCACGGGGCUGGACACCGCCCAGCCCAGCUCAGAGGCCCCACUGCCCGCGGAAGACACCUCCGACAGGCAGGAGCCUGUGGCCGCUGCUUCCAGUAAGUGCCUGGUGCCCACCUCGGGUCCCCCAGGGAACGCAGCUAACGACUCUCGGGGAGUGGGCGAAGCUGUGAGUCGGCAGAGAGAGCUUGAGGCCAUGGCACAAGACGCUGGCAGGCCCCCAGAGGCCGCACGGCAGAGCCCGAAACAGCACAUCCUGCCCACAGAUGUCUCCCAUCCUCUUGGUAGUGGCUCCACAGCUGCCCGCUGCUCCUCUGACAAGACGGGGCCAGGGACAGACCCCGCGGCUGCCCGCGAGCGGAUCCGGUCCAGGUUCCACAGCAGCCACGACCUCGUUCACCGCCUGUUUGUCUGCAUUUCAGGUGUGGCCGACCAGCUGCAGACAAACUAUGCAAGUGACCUGAGAAGUAUCCUCAAAACGCUGUUUGAGGUCAUGGCCACGAAGCCUGAGGCCGAUGACAAGGAGAAGCUAAAGAAGGUCACCCAGACGCUGCGCCGUGCCAACCUAGAGGACUGUGCCCUGUGCCAGGAGACACUGUCGUCCUCUGAGCUUGCAUCCAAGGCCUGUGACGGGGACUUUGAAGAUCCCCCCGAGUGGGUGCCAGACGAGGCCUGUGGGGUCUGCACCGCUUGCAAAGCCCCCUUCACCGUCAUUCGCCGCAGACACCACUGCCGCAGCUGUGGGAAGAUUUUCUGCUCGCGCUGCUCGUCACACUCGGCGCCGUUGCCCCGCUACGGGCAGGUGAAGCCUGUGCGUGUGUGCACACACUGCUACAUGUUCCACGUCACGCCCUUCUGCAGCGACAGGGCAGCGGUCUGACGGCUGCCACGUGGGCCGCA